AUGUCCGCUUCUUCGUCUGGCCAGCACAAGUAUGCCUGCUCAUCAUGCGCUCGACGAAAGAUCAAAUGCGACAAGGCAGACCCCUGCUCCAACUGCUCAAAGGCGGAAGUGGAAUGUCUCUACGAGGAACAUCCGCCGCCACGGCCCCGCAAGAGAGCCGCCGACGAAGACCUCAUAGCUCGACUUGGAGCUUAUGAAAGCCUCUUGAGGGAUAACAAUAUCGACUUUAGUCACUUUAGCCACUCAUGGAUUCCAUCGGACUUGCAGGGGAAGUUGAAGUAUUCUGCGAGCGGCAGCGAAAGCCCGACCUUAACGCCAGGCACAAACAACCCGGCGACCUCAAAAGACCCCCACGUCGAUAAUCGUUCGGCCGAAUGGGAGCGGUGCUUAUGGACUAGCUUGCCUAUGGAGCUCAAGUUUCCUCCUACCCGUUACUUGCACUAUUCUGAAGACCCUUGCUUGUAUCCGAUUCCACCGCUCCAUUCGAUCAUGUCUAGUGGAGGCUCUACAGGCCACAAACUACACCCCGAGCCUAGGCAGAUCUAUCGACUCUGGCAACAGUUUGUUGAAGCAGUAAACCCCUUGAUCAAGAUUGUUCAUGUCCCCACCAUGCAACAGCAAAUAUUAGAAGCCAGCUGGGGCCUUGAGAAUAUCUCGCCGCCUCUGGCCGCCCUGAUGUUCUCAAUAUACAGUCUCGCAGUCAUAUCACUCUCGUCGGCUCAGUGUGAGGCCACUUACGGUGAACCCAGGCCGACGUUAAUCACUCGCUACCGAGUCGCAGCAUUGAGCGCCUUGAUAGCUGCUGAUUUCCUGACCACAAAAGAUCUACAACUCCUAACAGCGUUCGCACUGUUUCUCCUGACCGAUCCUGAUUCAGAAUUCACAUCCAGUCUCACCCCCACCGCUGUAAGAAUCGGCCAGAAAAUGGGCUUGCACAAACCUAGCCAUCCCAAGGUUUCCUUCUUUGAGAGUGAGAUGCGCAUUAGGCUCUGGUGGCAACUCAAUGCCCUGGACUCUCGAGCCCGCGGAAGCCAUGUUCCCGGAAUGCGACCACCUGCGCUUGUCGAAUUCGGUGACAUUCGUGUGCCGCUGAACGUCAAUGAUUCUGAUCUCCAUCCGGAAAUGACAGAGCCCCCCACGGAACACGUUGGCCCAACGGAGAUGACAUGUGUACUGAUCAAAUUCCAUAUCUUCCAGUGGCUGAGGCACUCCAGCGCCAGCCUUCGCGUGUUUGAGGGCAUCAGCAACACUCCGGAAAAAUCAAAAAGAGCCCUUGAGAUGGAGGACGAUUUGAUUGAUAAACUGGAAUCCAUUUACCACGAAAAAUUCCUUCAGUACCUGGACUUGAAUAUCCCCCUUCACGCUCUGUCUAACGCCAUUGCCAUUCUUGCUUCAUCUCGCCUGCGAUAUAUGGCUCAUCAUCCCCGGUUCCGGGCCGUUACACACAAUGGAGCAGUAUACAUGAAAAAGGAAGAAGGCGAUUUAGCGUUCAAUUCUGCAGUCACGUCAUUGGAAAAGCUUCAAAUAGGAGAACAAAGCCAGUAUUCUCGGCAUUUGUUCACGCACAUCUCAUCCACUUUUCAGCUAGAAACGAAUGUCUACAUCACCAGUGAGCUACGGAGACGAUAUUCUGGGGAGCGCGUGGAGAUGGCUUGGAAACUUGUACAAGACUUUUUCGACGAGUACGAAAAGCUUCUCAGCGACGAGCAGAACAGCUUCUUUGUCGCGCUGGGAGAUAUUACGCUGGAGGCUUGGGAAGCCAGGAGGAGAUACUUCCAGAAUCAUGGUCAAGGGGCUAUGGAUUAUACUCCAUUACCUCGAUUUAUUGAACUGCUGUGGAAUAAGCAACAGCUGAGGAACGGACAGAGCGUGCAGGUGGCUACGACGCUAGACUCGCAGAAUCUGGAUACAUUCGAGCUGCCUGAUGUCCAUGAUGUUGAUUUUGACUGGGAAUCUUGGAGCUCGUUCUGGCGAUUCUGA